AUGGUCUUCAACAGCGACGCAACGGCGGGGCUGGCCCUAUCGGGCCUGGGCUCUGCCGUGCCGACUCAGGCUCAGGGGGUCCUAGAGGGAGGGGCCGCGCUAGCGGAGGCAGAAGAGUACCAGGAUGUUAAAGAGGAGGCCCCUGGCCAGCCUGCGCAGGACAAAACCCUCGCCAUCUUGCAGGGCCUGCUCACUCACUUGGUCAACCAGGGCAGUGCUAACUCCACGCGCCGCCUGGUCACCCUCCGCGCCAACAGUCACGGCGAGAACUUCUCUGCUGUCACCGCCGUGGUGCACAAGGUGCUGCUCAUCCUCAAGGCGGUGCUGCACCCAGACCCUCAGGCUGCGGUCAACACCUUCCUCGCCCUGCGCCAGCAGUCCAGCCAAGACGAGCACGCCUUCAUGUCAACGGUGCUCAGCGCGUCAAGGCUGGUACGGGGUGCACUGUCCAUGGCAGACAUGUGCAGGGUGGCGGUGCGCGGGCUGUCCAACACCGCCCUGGCCGCCAGGGUCAAGGCGCGGCUGGAAGUGCAGGCAGCAAGCACUUGGUCACUCGACCUCGUAUCCUCGCUGCUUUAUGACAGCCAGCAGGAGAUGCGCGAGGCCGCGCACUUCCAGAUCCGCCUGCAGGCGGCAGGGGCAGGGGGCAGUGCCAACCCGGGAGCCCGUCAGCCGCCUGCAGACCCGCACGCCAAAAACGAGCAGAAGCUGGCCGCCAUGCGCUACCUGGCCGGCCUGGAUGACACGAACCCUCAUGCCACCUGCCUCUCCCACAAGCGCGGCGUUCACACCAACGCUGACGCCCAAGCACGACUCUUCCUGCAGAACUCAGGCGACAACCUGGCCCCUCAAGAUUUCGUCACCGACGGCGGCAUCUGUGUGGCCGGCCCCAACGCCUCCACUGUGCCCAUCCCCGCCGCCAUGCUCGACACCGGCAGCGAGGUGUGCAUCAUCGACAAGGACUUCUGCGACGCCAACAACAUCAUUUACAAGGACUUUUGGAAGGCGGCGCGUGCGGCGGCGCGCUUUCACAAGGCGCCCGCCACCCUCAAGCCCGCCCGCAAGGCGCAGCUCCAGCUCAGCGCCCGUCGGCGGAUGCUGGAGUUCUACAGCUCGAUUGUAGGCCCGUCCACGCCCCGCGUCAACCGUGUGCCCAAGCUCCCCGCCACCUACCCCUGCUCGCUCUCAUCACAGCCUGUGGCUGACAAGGCAGAGGUGGACAAGCCAGCUCCUUCCAGCAAGCCGCUGUGGGAGGCAGCUCGCCGGCAGAGCCCCUUGGAAAAGGAGGUCUCGCUGGAGAAGUGCGGUGAAUUAGGGGAGGUGGGUUUCAUAGAGGAUGGCAACUACUCUGACCCUUACGCCGCCAACCCAGUCAACGCGGCCAAGAAGGACGCGCAGGGGGAGUGGACCGAGAAGCGCUUUUGCGUGAACUACAAAAGGGUCAAUCUUGCCCAGCAACCCAACAAAUACCGCACUCCCUCACCCGAGGAGCUGUUCCAGCGCCUCUCAGGCGCAACCUUCUUCUCACACCUCGACAUGCGGGCGGGUUUCCACCAGCUGCCCCUGGCUCAAUCGAGCCGUAAGUACACACAGUUCUGGGCGGCGUCGCCCACGGGACCCAAGCUGAUGCGCUAUACCCGCCUGCCUUUUGGGGGCAUCAACUGCAGUGCUGAGUUCCAGCGCCGCGCAGACGAUGCUCUCAUUCGUGCAGGAUUAGGGCAUUGCGCCUGCGCGUACGUGGACGACAUCAUCAUCUGGUCGCGCACCUUCAAGGAGCACCUCCAGCACGUGCGCGCGGUCCUGCGUGCGCUCAAGGCGGUAGGGUUCAAGGUUCAUCCCACAGAGAUCGCCAAGCCCGGCAACGCCCUGCGCCACCCCGACCCCGACAAGCCCUUCAUUGUCCAUACAGACUGGAGCCAGCUCGGCAUUGGGGGGGUGCUGGGGCAGCUGGACGACGCUGGAGCCACCAGCGACGGCAUCACCGUCUAUGAGCCCUUUGGGGGCCUGUGCGCGGGCCUAGAAGCAGCGCUGCGCGCCGGCGUCAAAGUCGGACGGUACAUCUACGCCGACACUGCCGCCGUCGCCCAGAAGGUCGCUCGCUUCCGCCUGCAAAGCCUGGCAGCGCUCUACCCAGCUCAGCUUUCACCCACCGCCUGCGACGACGCCUUCGUCACCCUUCCCCAAGACAUCUACGCCACAACACCUGAGGCCAUCCAAGCUGCUGUGCGGCAGGCCCCGGGGCCGUGGUUGGUGGUCGCGGGCUGGGAGUGCCAAGAUCUGUCCAACGCGGGGGGCGGGGCUGGCCUGGAGGUGCUCCUCGACGCGGCGCGGUUCGGCAGCUACGCCCACCGACUGCGCAACUUCUGGACCAACCUGCUGCCACCGGCUGUGCUGGGCGCGGUUAGUCUGGAGGGGCGGGGGGCUGUCUUUGACACCAACACGCAAUGCUGGGACGAGCCCAACGCAGAUGAGCGCGAACGCGCCAUGGGCUACGCCACAAGCUCCACCGCCGCCCCCGGCGUGUCCGAGGCACGUCGCCGGGAGGUGCUGGGGCGCUGCAUGGACGCCAACUGCCUCCAGUCCAUCCUGGCAAUCGGGCUCAACAUCAAGCCCGCCUAG